AUGGUUUUGAUAGUCAGCAGACAGAAUCUCGAGAAAAUACGGCAGGAAUCUGAGAAGACCCAGACACAGAUAUGUGCACGGGUGCUUGCCACUGUUCUGCGGUACGAUGCAUACGACGGACUGCUUACGGUGAUCGGGUCAGACGAUCUGGCGAGCAGAGACGAGUCCAGGGCCAUCAAAGUGGACAUUGGUAACUUGAUGUUGACUUUGGAGGUGAAGCCAGAACUCCUGGAGUAUGGCUCUACAGUUAAUGUGGACAUAGCAGUGAGUGGCUGUGCAUGGCCUGUUUAUGGGAUCGGGCUGCGGCCCUUGGCAGAUCCUGGUGUGAUGGCCAACCCAGCGGCAAUGGACGUUUUGCGAGCAGUUGCUAAUCUUGAAAGCCUUCCAAAUGUGUAUAAGGAGGUUGGAUACGACACUAUGGAUUUUGUGCACUGUGGAGGAACUGAUGGUGAAGUGAGUGGUGAUGGAGAGUAA